GCCUCGCCGCCCGGAAGUGCGCGCGCACCGGCGAGAUGGUGGCGGCGGCCGUCCCGCUGGGGGUCCUGCUCCGCCUCUGCCGCGUGCUGUUGUUCCUCUCCCAGUUCUACAUCUUGUCGGGCGGGGGAUCCUUAAAUUUAGAGCAGUCGCAGCCGCUGGCUCAGUCAAUAAAGGAUCCGGGCCCAACACGUACUUUCACAGUAGUUCCCAGGGCAGCAGAAAGUACUGAUAUCCCACCUUAUGUGAUGAAGUGUCCAAGUAAUGGUUUGUGUAGCAGACUUCCUGCAGACUGUGUAGAAUGCAGGACAAAUUUCUCCUGUGUCUAUGGGAAGCCUGUCACUUUUGACUGCACAGUCAAACCUUCCGUUACCUGUGUUGAUCAAGACUUCAAAUCCCAAAAGAACUUCGUCAUCAACAUGACUUGCAGGUUUUGCUGGCAGCUUCCAGAAACCGAUUAUGAGUGUUCCAACUCCACCAGCUGCAUGACAGUGUCCUGUCCUCGGCAACGCUACACUGCCAACUGCACGGUGCGGGACCACAUUCACUGCUUGGGUAACCGUACUUUUCCAAAAAUGCUAUACUGCAACUGGACUGGAGGUUAUAAGUGGUCUACUGCUCUGGCUCUGAGCAUCACCCUCGGGGGGUUUGGCGCUGACCGUUUCUACCUGGGUCAGUGGCGGGAAGGCCUUGGCAAGCUCUUCAGCUUCGGCGGCCUGGGGAUAUGGACGCUGAUAGACGUCUUGCUGAUUGGCGUUGGCUACGUGGGACCAGCAGAUGGCUCCUUGUACAUUUAGCU